AGAAAUAGCACUGGAAAUUUUAGGUCAAGAACCAAUAGGCUCGUUUAUGGUUCGAGAGAGUACAAGUAAACCUGGCUGCUACGCCCUGUCGUUGAGAGUACCGCGGGAAUUCCAGCUAUCAGGCAUUGCCCACUACCUCAUCAUGCGAACACAGAGGGGUUAUAAAAUCAAGGGUUUUACUAAGGAAUUCAGUACCCUCACGUCCCUCAUUACCCAUCACUCGGUCAUGCCAGAGCUGCUGCCUUGCCCUCUCUCCUUAUCCCGGUACAACCCGACCUUUCGGAAACAGGACUCUUCUGAAGAUUUAGUGGACGUGGACGAGGACCCAGACUACAAUCUUUUAUCAGACUUUCGAAAAAUGAUGGCUGACUUGAACGUCUAACUACGUAGAAAUGGUGGUCAGCCGUUGGUCUGUUUGCAAAAAAAAAAAGAACCCUGACUGCAAUCUGUUAGCAGACUUCUGUAAAAUGAUGGCUGACUUGAACUUCUAACUACGUAGAAAUGGUGGUCAGCCGAUGGUCUGUUUGCGGAAAGAUCCCUGACUGCAAUCUGUUAGCAGACUUCUGUAAAAUGAUGGCUGACUUGAACUUCUAACUACGUAGAAAUGGUGGUCAGCCGAUGGUCUGUUUGC